GGUGAUAUUGGUAAUAGGGGGGCGGUUGGAGCAGAUCAUCUUGGAGGUGUUUUCCAACCUUAAUGAUUCCAUGAUUGUAUCCAACCAACAGCCAUUUUGGGGCUUUCCUCUUGAUGGGGGCUUCCAUUUUGCCCCCAAGAGGGGUUUUGAGGAGAACCAUGCCACGGCUGCCCAGCUUGGAUGUGGCUCUGGCCACGGCUCCUUCUCACUGAGAAAUCCAGGGCACAGUCCCAAACAUGGGGGGCUCAGGCCCACCACUCUGCUGGUCAGACAGACCCCCCGUGCGGACUGCAGCGGCAGCAGCAGGCUUCGAAGACCGCCUGCCCGCGUCCUCCCCAGCCUCGCCGCGGCCUUUGUCACCUGCCGGUCUCCCGGCGACAGGCCCUGUGACCUCACACAGGGCCGGGCAUAAGAGCAGGCUGCGGCUGGGCACCACUGCUAGUGCUGGUGGUCACUGCUGCUAGAGCUGUUGGUCACUGCCGCUAGUGCUGGUGGUCACUGCCGGAGCUCUGCUCAGCGUGACAGCCAUCUCCAGUGUUGUUUUGUGUUCAUCAGGAGAGAGCAGCAUGAAGUUCGACCUGGCUCUCCUCCUGGCCAUGGCUUUGGCCGUGGCUCUGUUCCGCGCAUGUGGCCUUGGCCUCUGCGGCCACCGCUCCUGGGAAAGGGUCAGGGUCAGCAGGAGCCUUGGCACCAAGCAGCUGGUCUCCAACUGGCCCUGCAGCCUCGGCCUUUCCAGCUGCCCCAGCCGGAUCCGGCUCAGGCUGAACACCAUGGUCCCUUCAGAGGACCCAAAGCAACGUCCCGUCGGCACCGAGCGCCAGCCCUCCGAGCUGCCCUACCCCCUGGGCCACUUCUGGGAAUACCUUGCCCAGGGCAGGAGAGUCUGGCUGCUGUGCAAUAACUGGGACGCCAUCUGCCUCCUCGGCGUGGGGCUGCUUGCCCUCAGCCUCUGGAGAAGUGUGAAGAGAUACAGCAGACAGGGAACGGUCCGGUGGGCCUCAGCUUCCGUGGGGACAGACCACCGGGGAAAGGACGCUCUGGAUGAUUGUGCCUUGCUCUGCCGGAUGGAGGCCAAUGUUGCCUUCACGGUGAGGUGCCUGAAGCGCCUCUACCAGCUCCGCCUGCAAGAGCUUGGGCUCCCACUGCCGAGGAAGAAGGCACAAAACAAGCACAAGAAAAGAACAGUCCCCUUGCAUACCCUCCGCAAAUUCAUCUAGAGCAUGCAUGCCGUGUACCGGUGACAGGAAAGGCAGUGCGGCGAAUUGACAGCGAGCCGGUGAGGCAGGACACACCUCAGCCCUCCGAAGGCUCCUGCGGUGAAGGCACCUCCCCUGACAACUGGAUGCCAACAUCGCCCUGAACACCUCCUCCCUGCACGGGCACCACCGACAAUGCCAGCUGUCCCCUGGUGGGCUGCCCGUGCCCUGCCAGCACAACAGCCAGCGAGGACUCGGCAUUCAUCUCAUGAGGACCUCCGAGGAGAAGUCCCCUUUUCCAUCCUCCCAGAGGCACCGCUGGGACUGCUGGCAUCCCAAAGGACAUGGCUCUGCUUUGUUGCUCCACAGAGGACAGCAGGAGCAUGCGUGUGCAGCAGAGCUGGCUGGGGGACUCCUGAAAAUUUCUGUUGGUAGCAGACCACUUCUCCCAGCUGAAUAAAGAUCAUCCACACAGGAA